CUAUCUCUUUCGCUUCUCAUUUUUCUCUCCGUUCUCCUCUUCUUUUCCCCUUCUUCUCCCGAUCUCUCUGCGUGAGAUACAGAGAUCAUUGGAAGACUCCGAGGCUUAGCAGAGAUGAUAGGCAAAAGUCUCCUAAGAUCCAAGGCCUCCUCAAAGGUUGGCAUGCUCAUCAGGCAUAUUGCAACUGCUGAAGGGUUGCAGAGUCAUGCACCUCCAUACAUUGCUUCAGUUGCAAGGCUGAUGAGUUCAGAGGCAUCGCUUCAGACUGAUCCAACAGAUGAAAGAGGGUUUAAGGGGCAUGAUAUGUUAGCACCAUUUACUGCUGGAUGGCAAAGCACCGACUUGCACCCCCUAGUCAUCGAGAAAUCAGAGGGUUCUUAUGUUUAUGACAUCAAUGGGAAGAAAUAUCUUGAUGCCCUUGCUGGAUUAUGGUGCACAGCUUUAGGUGGAAGUGAACCUCGACUUGUUGAAGCUGCAACUGCACAAUUAAAAAAAUUGCCAUUUUAUCAUUCCUUCUGGAAUCGUACCACAAAGCCUUCAUUGGAUCUUGCCAAGGAACUUCUUGAGACUUUCACAGCAAGGAAAAUGGGGAAGGUCUUCUUCACUAACAGUGGUUCAGAAGCUAAUGAUUCCCAGGUAAAGCUUGUGUGGUAUUAUAACAAUGCAUUGGGAAGGCCAAAUAAGAAGAAAUUCAUAGCACGAGCAAAAUCAUAUCAUGGAUCAACGCUAAUAGCAGCUAGUCUUUCUGGUCUUCCAGCUCUGCACCAAAAGUUUGAUCUUCCAGCACCAUUUGUACUGCACACAGAUUGUCCACAUUACUGGCGCUUCCAUCUUCCUGGUGAGACCGAGGAAGAAUUCUCAACAAGAUUGGCUAAUAACUUGGAGAAUCUUAUUCUUAAAGAAGGACCUGAUACUAUUGCUGCAUUCAUUGCUGAACCUGUUAUGGGUGCUGGAGGUGUUAUCCCUCCUCCAAAGACCUAUUUUGAGAAGAUUCAAGCUGUUGUAAAAAAAUACGAUAUUCUCUUUAUCGCGGACGAGGUCAUCACCGCCUUUGGAAGGUUAGGGACAAUGUUUGGAUGUGACAAAUACAAUAUUCAGCCUGAUCUUGUCUCUGUGGCAAAGGCUCUGUCAUCUGGAUACAUGCCCAUUGGUGCGAUUCUUGUUAGCCCAGAAAUUUCAGAAGUCAUACAUUCUCAAAGCAACAAACUUGGUUCAUUUGCUCAUGGAUUUACAUAUUCCGGACAUCCUCUAUCUUGCGCUGUUGCAUUGGAAACACUUAAGAUUUACAAGGAAAGAAAUAUUGUGGAGCAUGUCCAGGCUAUAUCUCCAAGGUUCCAGGAGGGCAUUAGAUCCUUCUCAGAAAGUCCCAUCAUUGGGGAGAUACGUGGAACUGGGUUGAUACUGGGGACUGAGUUUACCGACAAGUCUCCUAACGCUACAUUCCCUCCUGAGUGGGGGGUCGGUGCAAUAUUUGGAUUGGAGUGUGAGAAGCGUGGAAUGCUGGUUCGAGUUGCUGGGGAUAGUAUAAUGAUGUCACCGCCCUUUAUAAUCUCCCCAAGUGAAGUUGAUGAAUUAAUAAGCAUAUAUGGAGAAGCCCUCAAGAAUACAGAGCAGAGAGUAGCGGAGUUGAAAUCCCAGUGAAAACAAUAGCCAAAAUAGACAUCAAGUGCUCGAGGGUGCAAUAAAGAGUUUGCUUCUGUGGUUUAUUUGUGUUGGUGAAAAAAUUGUUGUCCAUGUUCAGCAGAAGCUGGUUGUUCAAAAGGACAUAUCUUGCAAUGCCAUCUAUAUUUUCU